GAGUCUAACAGGAACCCCGCGAUCUUCUAUAUUCCACAACUCGACACCCCCGCGGUACUUCGAAAUGGUCUUUCCCAUUCCCCUGUUCAGGCUGAAGCCAGACUCGGGAGUCACGCAGCGCUCUUACUUGUGUCUUUAGGGACUCCGCGAUGAGCUGAGCCCCGCUGACAAGUUCAUCUUCCUCCAUCCCUACCGGAUUUUGCGAGGUAAUCUUCCUGGCAAUGGAGAAAAGGGCGAUAGCCCCGCCAUUUAUGCUGAGGCUCAUGGCAAGUGUCAUCUUUUUUGUUCUUGGUCAUCAAGUUCUUUCCAUAGAUAUUCAAAGAGGAAAACAUUAUGUUGCUGCUGUGUAUGAACAUUAUGCCAUCUUGAAUCCCAAUCCAGCGGCCAUCAUUGAUCGACACACUGCAUUACAAUUAAUGAAGAGGAAUCUAGACAUUUAUGAAGAGCAAGUAAUUAAUGCAGCAAAACAGGGGGCUCAAAUAAUUAUCUUUCCUGAAGAUGGAAUUCAGGGUUUCAACUUCACAAGGACAUCCAUUUAUCCUUAUUUGGAUUUCAUUCCAAACCUGGACUCUCUAAUAUGGAAUCCAUGCAAAGAAUUUUACUUAUUCAAUGACACUGAGGUUCUGCAUCGACUCAGCUGUAUGGCGCUGAAAAAUCAAAUGUUUUUAGUUGUAAAUUUGGGAACUAAAGAGCCCUGCAUGCAAAGUGAUCCCCACUGUCCACCAGAUGGAAGAUAUCAGUUUAAUACUAAUGUAGUAUUUAAUGACAAUGGCACACUCAUAGCCAGAUAUAGAAAACAAAACCUAUAUUUUGAGUAUGCCUUUAAUACUCCACCAGAGAUUGAUUAUACAAUUUUUGAUACACCUUUUGCAGGCAGAUUUGGAAUCUUUACUUGCUUUGAUAUUCUAUUUUAUGAGCCAGCUGUAACCCUUAUAAAGCAAUACAACAUAACUCAGGUUGCAUAUCCCACUGCAUGGAUGAAUCAACUUCCACUUUUGUCUGCUAUUGAAUUUCAACAAGCUUUUGCAACUGCUUUUGAAAUAAAUCUUUUGGCAGCAAAUAUCCAUCAUCCUGACUUGGGUAUGACAGGUAGUGGUAUAUAUACACCAUCAAAAUCUUUCACUUAUUAUGAUAUGGAAAGCAUUAAUGGGAAACUUAUAGUUGUACAAAUCCCAGUUACUACAUCAGAUCAUGAAACUAAUAUGGAAAACAAUGCAAUGUCCCAUAAUGGUCAAAAGAGUUCUUUGAAUUUUUAUACAGAGAAACAGAUUUGCCAUAAGGAUCAAGAAACUGACUGUGAAAUAGAAGAAAAGCUAUCCCAAGAAUUUUUACCAGUAUUUUAUGAAAUAAUGAUGUAUGAUAAUUUUACCUUAAUACCCAUACUAAAUGUAGAAGGAAAUAUAGAAGUUUGUUCCAAUACACUUUGUUGUAAUUUAAUCUAUAGGCGAUUAGAAAAAACAAAUGAACUUUAUGUUUUAGGAGUUUUUGAUGAUUUGCAUACAGUACAUGGAACAUACUAUGUUCAAGCCUGUAUAUUAGUGAAAUGUGGUGGACUUAACUAUUCUACCUGUGGGCAAGAAAUCACAGAGGCUUCUGGAUUGAUAGAUUUUCAGCUCCGAGGAAAUUUCAGUACUACUUUUAUCUUUCCUCUCUUGCUAAGAUCUGGGGUCACUCUAGACUUUCCUGACUAUUUGGGCUGGGAAAAAAAUUCCUAUGUCAUGUACAAAAUGGGAGGAUCUUCUGGUUUAAUAACAGCUGGCCUUUAUGGACGUUGGUAUGAGAGGGACAAAAAAUAAUAUUUGAUACCAAUAAUGUCUUAAAAUUAUUACUGCAAGAACCAAAUAAAUAUUCUGUGAUGAGAUUAUUCAAAGCUUUUGGACCUUUAUUACAGAUAUACAGUACAUGGAACAUACUAUGAUUAAAGUUGAAUUAUUUCAAAAUGCCUUGUCCUUUAGAGCAUUUCACAGGUAUGGCUUCAAUGUAGCAGAAUGUGCCAUCUCUGAGAUCUUACAUUUGGAAGCAAGUAUAUCUUUGGUACAAAUCCAGACAUAACUCCAAACUGCUCUUUUCUGAAGCCUUCAAGUUUAGAAAUGGGACCAUUCCUAAACUUGCAAUCAUUAUAUUGCAAUUAAGAAUAUUGUGCUUUUGGAAUAAUCAGCUAUUUUCUUCCAGUGUUUCUUCCUCAUAGUCAAUGCUUCUCUUCCCAACACUUUCCUUUGAUGUUUAUCCCUUGUUCUUGUUCGGGAAUUGCUUUCUUGAACUGGUCUACCUGACAACCAUUUUUGUAGUUGUAGACACAUCACAGAAUCUGAAUACAUUUGUAAGACCUUUAUUGCUACUGUAAUAAGUAUCAGUCUGCAGUGUAAUUCUUAAUUAUGGUUCUUUUACCAUUACUAAUACCGUUCCUUGACUGUUGGAUCCUAAUUAGUAAACAAUAUUUUUUCUGACUUGAAGGGUCAUUUCAAUUUGCUAAUACCUAAAAUGCAACAUUUAGCAAUUGAUUUCAUCUCUGUGUUGAGUUCUGCUGUUCUCAUGUUUCUUACCAUACUCCGUUUGUCUUUUUGAAUUUUCUU